AAUACAGUAAUAAUGAUAAAAGUUAAUAAAAAUAAAUAAUAAAAAUCAGAAAUAAUAAUACUAGUAAAAAUUAAUAAAGGGAUCCAAAGCAGCAAUGUGUGUUUAUAAUUACUAUUAUUAUUAUUAUUUAACAAUGUGUAGUGGUAGCAUAUUUAAGCAUUGUAUAGUGAUGAAAAUUGUGAAAUGUAAGCUUUUGUGAGUUUUUGAGACUUUAUGAUAAAGUUUUGAACAGUAGUGGGAAUACCUAUGUACAAUUUAUGGUGGUUUGUGUGUCUUUUUGUAAUUAUUUACAUCCGGAGGGCAUGAUUUUAUAAGAUAUAAUAAAUGCUAGAAUAAUUGCUGUACGAUAAUUCAUAUGAUCAAAUGUUCCAUGAAUAAUAUAGGCGAUAAAUAACUGUGCGCUAAAUCAUAAUACGCAUGUAGGUCAAAUGCCAAACGUUAAAUUUUGUUUAGUACCUAAUAAAAUUUAAGUUGUAUUUACAAAACACAAGUAAAAUGAUCAGAGUUUCGUAUUGAAAUUUAUAUAUUUGAUAAAACUGCAUGGAUUAGUGAUGUGUAUAUGUCAUUAAUAUCAAUCAACACUGAAGGUUUGGCACCGGAGGAACUGUUGUUGUGUACACAGAGCAGACGACAACAACGAGUGUCGAGCUGGAAGGCUGGGUGAGAAAUCCCUGGGAUGGUGAGAAUAUGGCCUAAUGUCGAGUGAUGAUGACACAGCAGAGGAAAUUGAAGAAGAAAUCUAUGAGCACAGUGAAGAAGCAGCACGGAGCCUCUCUGAAUCAAAAGGAGAAUCCCUUGUGUUCUCCCUUAUAGAUGUACAGGAAGAGGAAACAACCACUGCUGACAACUGGUUGAGUUUAAAUGAAGCUGCUUCAGGAGAUGAGUACAAAAGAAUUGUGAAUACACAGUCUCUCUCUACAGGUGCUGAGAGUCAUAAUGAUAAUUUAGGAAAUAAUUUUCAGGAUUUUUUGGUAAAAAAAAAUGAAAAUGGCUCAAGAGAUAAAGAGGCGGGAGAGGAGGAGGUGGUGCCAAAGAAACCACGUAAAUCUUUAUUCCAGCACAAGGGUGAACAGCUGUAUCCUCAAAUUUUUAAGGGCAUUUCAGGAAGUGAUAAGCUAAUUUCUGCAGAUCCUUCUCCAGUAUCCAGUGACUGGUCUGUUGAAAGUUUCAGAACUCACAGCACUGGCAGUAAUUGUGAAUACAUUAAAGACAGAUCAGUGAGUGAGGUAUCAGUUAGUAUUCCAAAGUUAAGUGUCUUUUCUUUAGGUACUGCUCAUAAAGUUAGCAGCUUAGUUAAACAAUUUAGUUGUGACAUUGAGGAAACAAGUGAUAAACCUACUGAAUCAGCUCCCAGGCGACACUCUUUACCUGUAGAACUUUUCCAAGGUACGUCUGUAGAAUGUGAUUCAUUAAUAUCAUUACAGCAUGGUAAGCAAAGGCCUCCAGUAUCAGAGGAGAGCUCUGCUUCAUGUGCCAGUAAAGAUUGUGUGUCUAGUAUGGUAUGUCAUUUUGAUUGGCAAGAAAAAAGGGAACAUGCUUCCGACAUAGGUUCAAAAAACUCACUCAGGAAGCUUGGUCAAUUAUCUCCCAGAGUAAAGGCUUCUGUGGAAAAAAUUGAUGCUUGUUUGUCAAGAGUCUCAUUACCGGACUCACAAGUAAUUAUUGAAGAAAGAAAGAUUCUAAAGAACAAAGAAAAUAUCACUUUUAGAGAAACUGCAAAAAAGGUAAUGAAGCUUUUAUGCUCAAGUCAAAAGGAGAACACUCCAUGCCAUAAAACUAAGUUAAAAGAAUCAUUACAUAAGAUUGAUAAAGGCAAAGAAUUCCCUAAAGGAAGAGUAAAGGAUAAGAGUGAGUGUGAAUUCUCAUUCUCACACAGUAUUUCAAGCAUAGCCUCACCAGUAAAGUCCAUGCGGACAUAUAGUAAAAAGGGAAAUGACAAUAAUGAAAAUAUAAAUGUAAUAGAUGAAGCCACCACAUAUGACACAGAGGAAGAAGUAGAAGAUAUGCCAAAAGAAUUAGAACAGGAUGCGAUAAGUUGUAUAAAUAAAGAUACUAAACAGAGAGAUAACAGUAAUGAAAGUCGUAAUGUCAUAGAUGAAGCCACCACAUAUUACACAGAAGAAGAAGUAGAAGAUGAAGAUAUUCCACAAGAAUCGGAACAGAAUGUGAUAAAUUGUGUAGAUAAAGAAAGUGAUGACUUACUUGUGAUUGAAGACACGGUAUUAAAAGCAACCGAUCCUAAUAUUUCAGAGCCUCCUGAAUUAGCUGAAAUAUCUUGUGCCAGUAGUGGAAAAGUUAAUGGCUGUACCUCCAGAAAUAGCCUCUCAGAAUCCUUAGAAAAUAAAAUCUCAAUUGGUCAUAAUAUAAGUCCAGAAGACAACAGAGAUGAUGAAGUUAUCCUCUCCAAUGACAAGGUGGUCAAAAUUCCCCCAAAACAUGGAGAUGGUGUUGACAGCCUUCAUUCUACUUUAUUUGAAGCUGAAAAUAUGAGUCACUUGUCAGAAAGCAUUGUUCAAACAGCAUCAAGUUUACAUUCUGAUGCUUGUGAUGGAAGGGAGAGUAAUUUAGAGAUCAGAACAGGUGAUGCCAUUAAAAAAGAUAGUAUUUGUGGAUCACCGUCAGACAAAGGAAAAGAGAAAGGUGUCCCAGAAGAUUCUGAAUGUCUUAGUGGGAAUGAAUUCCUUUUAAGCAUAGAAAAUGAAUCUUGUGAUGAACUUAUCAAUAUUGAUUUUGACCAUUCUGGAGAUGAAAUAUUUGAUGAUGAGUUCUCUGAUGCUAGUGAGAUUGUCCUAGAAUUUAUAAGCAAGUCUCCCAUCUCAGCCAUAACAGAGAGAACAGAAGAGUCAGGGCAGGAAAGCGAAAAUCAGAACUCUCGAAUAGAAAGCGAGUCUGAUUUGUGUUCUGCUUACAUUCAGAAUUCUUUGGAACAGACAGGUAAUAAUACUAUAUCUGGAAAUGAGUGCCAAAAUAAUGAACAGAAAGUGACCAAAGCAAGUGCCAUAGGUCCCCUAAGUGGAAAACACUUUCCAUCCCUUCCCCUUAACAUAGUUCAUGAUGAUUCUAGUCAGUUUACUGGUACUUCCUCUGUCCAAGGGGGAAGCUUAGUACAAACACAGGUUUCAAUACAAACAAGCAGUGAAUCUGUGCAUCCACAUUCUAGUCAGAGUUCAACUAUAGUAGUUGGCCAGUAUAGUUCCAAACCUGGAACAAAAUCAAAACUACCAAUGUUAACCAGUAACAUCAAAUUUGACAAGACAAUGGAGAAGAAUGCCACACCACCCUUGUCUCCCACAACUAAGAUUCCUGGUCCUUUGCGAGCCUCUUUACACCGCAAUUCAUCCAGAAGUCUUCAUAAUUUAGCUUCAAACUAUGGACCAAGAUCAAGAAAUCAGGGAUUGCAUAAUCGGUCUAUAAGUGUAAGCAGUGAUAAUUUAGAGGGGAACUGCCUGAGAGCAAAGUCUCUGUCUCCAGGCCCUAUUCCUAAGCAGAAAAUUAGAUGUGGGUCUGAGUCUGGAGGUCAGGGUAAUUUGAACCGUCGGUGUAUCAGUGCCAUAGCUCUGAAUGAGGAAGAGAAUCAUGUCAAUUUAAAAAGAAACAGGAGUUUUAGCUUAAACAAAUUAAAUAGGUCUAGGAGCUCCAGUAUGACGAGCAUAGCCAGUUCCAAGAAAGUUGACUAUAGUCAAGUCACAAGUAAAGUUCGACAAUAUAUUAAGGAUAUGAAAGAUAAAGAUUUGAGAAAUUCUACGAGAUCUCUUCCUUCUACUCCAGCAAGAAAGAAAAUGCAGCUGGUAACUAAUGAAGCAAUAGUUUUGGAUGAAAAGCUAUUAAGGGAAUUAUCAAAGUAUAAUGAAGAGAAGAUGCCACAUGAUAUAAGAAAGAUAAGAGACCAGAUUAUUGGGGAAAAGGGUGAUCCUAAAAGGCUCGAGGAAAUUCUGAAAUUAUUGAUUUGUGAACGAAAAUCACGCUAUGCGAGUGAUACUACUCUUGCUGCUCUGCAACUACGUUAUGAUAACCUGAAUGCUAUGUUUGCCGAAAAGCAAAAUGAAAUUGACCGACUUCGUUUUCACAAGGAUAUACACAUUAAUAAGGAGUACUCUUUUACUAUUAAGACUCAAGAAGAAAGGAGAGAUAAUAGUGGUAGAUCUUCACAUAAUGAAACGCCUCCACUUACACCAAGCAGAUCACUGCACCAUUAUCUUAGCUCACCAAACUUAUCAGGGAGGAGAUCGUCUUACCAAGUGACUCCCCCAAACACACCAAACAUAAGGUCUCUGUCACCUACCUUAACCUGCUUCAACUUCAUUAAGAACACCUCCACACCCAUUGUGGAUCCAAACUGGAACUUUGCCUAUGACCCGAGCAGUUCCUGUGUACUCCAAGACAGCCUUCCAAGGGAUGCACCAAGAGAUCAUCAUUCUCCGGAAGCUGACCAAGAUAAAAACAAGGACUUGGAAAGGACAGAAUCUUCCCUUGAAGGAGUCUCUCUACAGUCGUGGAUGAAGGAUGCUAACAACAUUUUAAAGAGGGUAAAAGAGUUUGCCUUACUGGAGGGAAGUGCUGCGCUACAACACAGUGAAAGAAACAUCAUUUGGCAUAGUAUCCUACAGCAGUACUGGUGUUUGUCAUCACAGUUCCCAAUGCUGACACUCCUGGCACCUGCAAAAGAGUCAGGCCAGCUGCUUCAGGAACUUGGACUGGCAUUACAGGCCACUGCUUCUAGGUUUGAUCUUGAUCUUGUAAUUGAUAAAUGUCAAAAGGGGGGUGAGGUGACUGUGUCUUGCCCAAACACAGUUUCUGGGGUUGAUAAGAGGCGAGUGAAUGAAAACCAUAUAAAAAACCUUUCUGCUGAGUUUAGGAAAUUUAAUCAAGAUGGUAGAGGAAAAAUUGGAACCAAAGAAAUUGUCAGGGAUGUAAGUGAACAACCACGUCUUAAUUUAGAAAGUGAGGUGCAUAAGACUCAAACUGAAAAUAAUCAAGAGAAUGGUCGCCUAAGUCAUGAGCAAAGGAGCCACACACCAUUACAAUAUUCUUCAGUAAAACUGAAAAAGGAAGAGCAUGGUUCAGAAAUAGAUAUUAAGCUGAAAACAAGUUCAAAGAACAUUAUAACUCCGAAGAGUAAGAGAAGUGAUGUUCCUGCUGUGUCUACAGAUCCUCCCACUUCAAUUAAUCAAAAUGAUUUUAAGAAAAAUAAUAACAUUCAAGAAACUGUACCAGUGGUGGGGUUGAUCCCUCAUAUAUUAGAAGGUCCCUCUGGCACAGAUAAGAUUGACAUUAGUCCUUUGGCUGCUUGUAGUCCAGCACAUUCAAGGGAAUCCAUGAAGACUGUUGGACCUCUGGAGAAGGUAAAGUUAUGGCAGGCAUCACUGAUUGAUCCAGAAGUGCCUCAUACCGCAUAUGAGUCCUCAAGUACCAGUCCAGUGCCUUCCAUGCUAUCGCUGAAUUCCAGUCAACCCUUUGACAUUCAUGAAGAUCCAAACAAUAGUCUGACCAACCUCCAUCUUGACUCUGCUCAAUAUCGCAACAGAACUGGUGUAAGCCUCCCACUAGACCAUGCUACUGUUGUAGAAAAUAAACAGAUGACUCAUCACCAUGGCCACAGUAUUGACUGCAGCUCUCCAAAAUUAGAGAGUGAUUUACCCAGGUGUUCUUGGAGGAGUAACAAUGUAACCCCUCGCCUGCCAUGGGGAAAGGCGAUUAAAGUUCGUGACCUUGACAGUGGAUGUCCUGGUUCAGAGCAGAGCACAAGGAUGAGUCAUAAUGCUAGUUUAGAUCAGCCAGAGCAGCUUGAUAUACCAAAUUUUCUUUCCAGCUUAGAUGCCACAAGUAACAUUAAUUUACAAUCAAUAAUAAGGAUAAAAGACCCACAAAAAUGCUCAUUUGAGAAUGAAGAAUAUGUUAGUGAUUGCAUUUACAAUGAGGCUGUUGAUAAACUUGCAUCUAGGAGUAGUACUCAUACAUUUUGUGGAGACAAAAAUUCUGAAUGUCAUGCUGAUGCAGCACCAUCAAGUGACCUUAUUGAAAUGGCUUUUCCUGAAUCUGAGGUAUGCCAAAUUAGAGAAUCGGUGGAUACUGACAUUACUAGAAAAUGCAGAACUUUAUCUGGCAGCAGGAGUAGCAAAGGCAGCUCAAAAAACAAAUUAGGUCAGUACUAUGGACACAGUGAAUCACAAGAUGUCACACAGAAAACUGGACAUGAGAGACUCCUCAAUGAUGACCACAUUGUAAGAAAUGAUUCUCGAAGGGGAACAAAGAGCAAUAACUCUGACCUGAAGGACACGAAAAUUAAUGAAGAUGUUUUUAGCCAAGGUGGUGAGUUUAACAACAAUACAUCAUAUGUACAACAAAGGAGAAUGUCUCAGAAAGAGUCUGAAAAAAGAACUGUUGAGGGAAAGGUAAAAAGUAAAGAAUGGCAGACUGGCAGUAAAAUGUCCUCGUCUGUAGGUAUAGAACAGAAUCAAGGUAAUAAUGUUAUCUUUUCCCCUGUUAACCAGAAUCCAAAAAAACAAACACAAUCUUAUAAAUACAGUGCAAGAUUUGUCAGUGGAAAUAUCUCUGAUCAGUCAGAGAUGUCUACAAGCUCUCGAAAUUCUUCCUCAAAUAUUUAUAACAAUAUAUCUAAAUUAAAACGAGAUUUGAAUAUUAUAAAAUCACAGAUGAUGAAUCUCACGAGUGAAGUCUUCCACAAUAAGAAAACCAAAGGAGAAGGGAGCCAAACAAGUUCAAGUAAUAAAACUUCCAAAAUGAAUAGGAGACAAAACCCACUUAAGGCACUGGAUGUAUCUCUUUAUUCAGAAGACUCAGAACAUGAUUCAUACAUCACACCUCCAAGACUAUCUCAUGUACAAGCUUCUAAAGAUCAAAUGCAUAGAAGUAUCAGAUCUAGGACUACUACACAUACCAAAACUAAAAAUAAAAAUGUGAGUGAGGAUUUUCAUAAUCAUUACAAAUCUCCAGUAGACUUGAACUACCAGGAUUCUCAAGAAGAUACAAGUAUCCAAUUUUCAAACUCUUCUUUAGAGAGGUUAUCAGAAUCUCUAUUUGCUAAUUCUAAGAUGGAUAACAUACCCACGAGCACUCCUAAGAACAAAAAAAGUAAUUCCAGAGAGAGAAAAAAAGACUCUUCUAGUCCAGUGAAGAUCAAAAUACAUAGAGAGAGACUUAAAAGGAAAGAAUCUCAAGCAGGUAAUAUAGAAAAUACUGGAACUAAACAACAUAUGACAGAUCAUAAACGGACCUUGAAGACUCUUUCAUUUGGCCACAUUUGCUCGAAACAUGCAUCAGUUCAAACAGAAAAUAGGGAGCCAAUACAAACAUCUAAUGAAGAAAUUAUCACUGACGUUACUCAGGCCAAGGUCCAGGAAAACCAAUCUGUCCAAGUUUCUGAAAAUCACCGCCUAAGUACAACAGCACCAGUCAUAUACAUUCAUAACUACAAUUGUGGAAGUGAGACAUCUAAGGUUUGUCCUGAUGACACGGGGAAACACAAGAGUUCACAACAUGGCAGCAUUCAUCGUAAACACAGGAGAAGCGGUAGUGCUCAGGAACUGAUGGUUUCCCUAGAUGAGGCCACUACCUUAGCAGAGAGACUUCGGCUUAGAUCGGAGAAUAUGUUAUCGUACUUAAAUUUACACCUUUCCGUCCAUGAUGAUCCAAACCAGCCUUGAAGUACAAGUAUUGCCUUGUUCUCUCAAGUACAGUGUGCCUUUGUAUCUCUGGAAGAAGCUGUAGGGGAUGUGGGAUAGGUACUUGAUCAGUUAUCUUUUUGUUGCCACAACAAUUGUAGCAGAGUUCCUGUAUUAUUGUCUACAGGUUAAUGUGAUAUGAGAACUGCUUGUUAAUGCUUCCUGUAUUUACUUAAAUCUGUAAUGUACAUGAAAUACUGGUGACAGCAGAUAAUUCACAUGUGUCUUGAUGGCUCCAGAUGAGAAGUAUAUUUAAAGAAAGUGGCAUUACAGUAUAUCAAACUACAAUUCUUGAAAUCAGUGUCUAACUAGAUUGAUCAAAGCAUAUUGAUAUAUUUGGAGAAUUAAAACCUGGAAUUAGCCUUCUCUCCUGUCUGUUAUAUACGGUACAUGAGAAAUAAGAGGAGAUAUUUGGGUAAAUAAUUCUCUUAAAGUUUGCUGUAUACAUAGGUGGGGAAGAGACAUUGAUAUACAGGUAUCCUUUGCUAUAUGAACGUUCACUUUACGAAUAUUUGCUUAUAUGAAUAUUCUAUUCUUACACCUCUUACUACUACAUACAUGAAAGCUAUUCUCACUUAGAUGAAUGGUGGCACUUACUCAGCCCUUACUGCUCUCACUUAAGGUUAUGUACCAAAUUUAUAUUUUACAGUACCUGUAUUAAUUCUAUAGUGUUGGUACUAUUUUGUAUAGCAUAGUUAGGUACUAUUUUACAGUAUAUAGGUAGGGUGGGGUUUUAUUGUGUGUGUGUGUGUGAACUGAUAUCAUUAUUUUUAGGUAUAAUAUUGGGGGUUUUCUUGGUUUUGAGGAACCGAACCAAUUUGUAUAGCAAGGAAUACCUGUAUAUAGUGCCAGAUCAUACAAAUACAGUACUUAACUUUUAUUUAUUACAUUGCAUAAUUGUGCUACUGUACAGUCAUAGAAUAUUUAUUUCUUAAAUUUUAGUAACUAGUUGUUGAAAGACUUACGGUUUAAUUUAAUAUCUAAAAACAGUUCAAAACACUGAUAUUGACUCUGCCCAUUCUUUUUACUAAACAUGAUCAGUGUAAAACAACUAGUGUGUAUGGCAGCAUAGUUUUGAAUGAUCUUCAUCUAGGUUUUAAUCCAGAACAACUGGUUCUGAUAGUUUCAUUUAUAACCAAAGCAUACAAUUCAGGCAAGUUUGAUGCAUCUUCCAAAAAAAAUAUUUAUUAUUAUACAGCUCCUACUCGACUUACGACCACCCGGACAUACGACCACUUCAGUCAUACCAAAAUUUUGUCAAAUUACCUAUUUUCAAGUCCCAACA